CAACGAAGUAUAAAGAAGGCAGACUCUGGACUUCAAGUUGAGCAUCCACAGCAUCAAGCAUCAUCUCAGCUUCUUACCUUCACUUCCACGAAAAGUUCAUUCUCUACGAACCAAAAAACCUCCAACCAUCAACAUGCGCUACUCCAUCCUCGCCUUCAUUGCCAGCGCCGCCGCCGCUCCCUUCACUUCCACCGGAGGAGCAGCUCUCUGCCCCACUGGCCUCUACAGCAACCCCCAGUGCUGCGCCACCGAUGUUCUUGGUGUUGUCGGCUUGAACUGCGCAGUUCCCGCCACCACUCCCACCAGCACCACAGACUUCAUCGCCGGUUGCGCUGCCAGCGGCCAGCAAGCCAAGUGCUGCGUCAUCCCCGUUGCCGACCAGGACGUUUUGUGCCAGGACGUCAGCCCUGGUGCUGGCGGAUCUCCCGGCUCCCCUGGCACCACUCCCUCUCCUUCUCCUGCUCCUCCUGCCGAGAGCCCUGCUCCUGAGGAGCCUUCCGGUUGCCCCCAUUACUAGAUCAAGAAAUUGAUGGGAGUUAACAUUUGAAUUGGGGGAUCGAUCGUCGAGGCGAGUAAACAUGGAGCCAAAGUGGAAGACAAAGGGGAUAGUACACAUAUAGCUGUAGUCAUCGUCAAUACAAUCUGCAGUUGUACCACCAGUCUUACAUCCCAAUUUUUGCAUUUUUGAUUGAUUCGAUAUUACAUGGUACUGCUGCAUCGUAACGCAGCUUGUACUAUGGUGGUUGAUGGUUGUCGUGGAAUGCGGGGAAGUGGAGAUCGCGCUGGGCGGGUGAAUCCAUGGAUCUCCCGGCGCACUGCGACCGUUGCGAAAGGGGAAAGUGGGACCCUAGCGCGGGUCAAUGUGGCCAAACUGAUCGCGAUUUUGCGCUCUCGUCCGUCCUUCUACCAGCGUGCUGCUCUCUGUUUAGAU